AUCCUAGUCCUCCUCAAGCUGUGACAUAUUUUCCUUACUUCAAGGAUCGGUAUUUGGCAGUUGCGGCUUCUCUGAAUGGAGGGAAUGUUUUUGCUUCCUUCGUCACAAUGUUAACUCAAUGGACGUCAGAGUUAGGUGAAUGAAAAUGAAGAAAAUGGGAAGCUCUUCAGAUCUUGAAGAAACAGACCAUACUGAGGACACCAAUGCUUCAGCAGAUGAAUCUCACAGUGAUGAUAACAAUUUACAGGUCAAUGAAGCUCCCCAACACUUUAAACUGAAGCACACCAAAUAUACAAUCUUCAGCUCACCUAAAACCAAAGGACGUCGUUUUGGCAAAGCAGACACAGAGAGGGAAAUGGCUCCUAUGGACUCGGUGUAUCAGGUCGAAAAGACUUUGUCUCCGACUGUUAAAUUUCAUGUGCAAUUUGACAAAGGAAGACCGUGUAACCAGUUGACCAGACAGAGCUCAUCUUUGGAGUCUGCAACCAGUUGUAGGGACAGGACAUUUAAGCUGUAUGACCGGACCAGGAUCUUUGACGCUGCAGCAUAUGGAGACUGUGAUGAACUAGAUGAUUUACUGGUUUAUUUGCUUCGAACCCAUAAAUGCCUUACUAACAAUGAAUUUAAAGAACCAGAAACUGGGAAGACCUGCUUGCUAAAAGCAAUGCUGAAUCUAAGUCAUGGCAAAAAUAACACUAUCCCAAUGCUUCUGGACAUUGCGGCGAAGACAGACAAUCUGAAAGAAUUUGUUAAUUCGGCAUAUGCAGACACAUAUUACAGAGGUCAGACUGCUCUGCAUAUCGCCAUUGAAAGAAGAAACAUGAACCUUGUGGAGCUUUUGAUUCAACAUGGAGCAGAUGUCCAUGCAAGAGCAGAUGGGGAAUUCUUCAGGAAGGCCAAAGGAAGAGCAGGCUUCUAUUUUGGGGAGCUGCCCUUGUCCCUGGCAGCCUGCACCAACCAAAUAGAAAUUGUUCAAUAUCUCCUGCAGAACCAGUACUCUCCAGCCAAUAUUGCUGCCAGGGACUCUUUUGGAAACACAGUGCUUCACGCCUUGGUUGACAUUGCAGACAAUACAGUAGAAAAUACAAAAUUUGUAACAAAAAUGUAUGGAGAGAUUUUGGUGUUGGGUGCACAGAUUAAACCAUCAUUGAGACUAGAAGAUGUUACAAAUAAGAAAGGCCUAACUUCUCUGACCUUAGCAGCCAAAACAGGGAAAAUUGGGGUUUUUUCCUAUAUUCUCAGGAGAGAAAUAAAGAACCCAGAGUGCAGACAUCUUUCUAGGAAGUUCACUGAAUGGGCAUAUGGGCCCGUCCAUUCUUCUCUGUAUGAUCUUUCUGGUGUAGACACAACAGACAAUAAAUCUGUGCUAGAAAUCAUCGCUUACAGCAGUGAGACACCGAAUCGCCAUGAGAUGCUGCUAGUGGAGCCUCUCAACAGAUUAUUACAAGACAAGUGGGAUCGUUUUGUCAAGAGAAUCUUCUACUUCAACUUCUUAUCGUAUGUGAUCUACAUCACCAUCUUUACCAUCGCUGCCUAUUACAGACCAGUUGUGGGCGAUCCCCCGUUCCCUGUAGACAAUAAACUUCGUGCCACUGGGGAGGUGAUCACUGUGAUCGGAGGAAUUUAUUUAUUUUGCAGAGGGAUCCAGUACUUCAUGCAGAGACAUUUGUCCCUGAAGACGCUGCUUGUAGACAGCUACAGUGACGUUUUGUUUUUUUUUCAGUCACUUCUCCUCUUGAUAUCUACAUUAUUAUACUUUUUUGGGAGACAUGAAUAUGUCGGAUUUAUGGUUGUUUGCUUAGCAAUGAGCUGGGUCAAUGUGCUUUACUUUACAAGAGGCUUCCAGCAAAUGGGGAUUUAUGCCGUGAUGAUUGAGAAGAUGAUUUUACGGGAUAUGCUUCGCUUCAUGUUUGUUUACAUUCUGUUUCUCAUUGGGUUUGCAACAGCCUUGGUAACCCUUAUAGAAGAUGGUGAUGGAAGGAGUGACAAUGGCACUUGUUAUACCAAACGUUGCUGUAAAGCUGAUCCGGCGUCAUAUAACAGUUUAUAUUACACAUCGCAGGAACUGUUCAAGUUUGCCAUUGGAAUGGGAGAUUUGGAGUUCACUGAGAACUACAAGUACAAGACUGUAUUUAUCUUUCUACUCAUUACAUAUGUCAUACUCACUUACAUCCUCCUGCUUAACAUGCUCAUAGCACUGAUGGGGGAAACGGUAAGCAAGAUUGCUCAGGAGAGCAAAGGCAUCUGGAAAUUACAGAGAGCGAUUACAAUUCUUGAUAUAGAAAAAAGUUUGCUGACCUACUUUACGAACAGGCAUCGAUCUGGAAAAUCUGUCCUGGUGGGACUGACACCCGAUGGGAAGGAGGAUUACAGAUGGUGCUUCAGAGUUGAUGAGGUUAACUGGACCAGAUGGAACACAAACUUAGGGAUCAUCAAUGAAGACCCUGGAAAUUCUGGGCUCAUGAAAAGUAAUCCAAAUAACUCUUCAAUGCGAAUACGCAGAGCAAAAACAUGGAAGACCUUGGUACCACAUAUCAGAGAAUUCAGCAUCAAAGGGAAAAGAGUCAAAGAGCCGGGGGAGAAUGGCGUACCACUGCAACCUAUAACUGAGGGUUUAACAGAACAGGAAUCAUUCGAUGACAUGACAGCUAAGCAUGUGUAGACUGGACAAAGCAGUAUUACAUCAUCCUGUGUAAUUUAAUAUUAUUGUUUCAUUUCACUCCAUUAAAAAGCUCCACAAGAUCAUUACAACAUAGAUAACCAAUGUCACUAGGGCUCUUCGUCAUAUGUUCUUAUGUGACCAAGGUACAUGGCCUUUCAGAUGACAGAACAUAAAGCAACAGCAGAAAUAUACAUGUAGAAAUUUUUGAAAUGGGCAGCACCUAUUGAUGUGUGCUGUUGCCCGCUUGGUCCCAGUCACCCCCAAAUUUAUGCAACAGAAAGGUUGUAACAGUGGUAGCACAUUGGAAUAAUGUAUAAACUGCCUCUCUAAAAUAUAUAUACAGGUGAAACUCAAAAAAUUAGAAUAUUGUGCAUAGUUCAUUUAUUUCAGUAAUGCAACUUAAAAGGUGAAACUAAUAUAUGAGAGAGACUCAUUACAUGCAAAACAAGAUAGUUCAAGCCGUGAUUUGUUAUAAUUGUGAUGAUUAUUGCUUACAGCCCCCCCCCCCCCCCCCCCAUUACUAUGAUUUGGGGAGCCAUGUCAUCUGCUGGUGUUGGUUCAC